AUGGUCGCCGAGGACGCCCUCGACGGCAGGCAGGCCUCCCUGGACGCCUCCGGCGACGCCGCGCGAGCGGACUGCCUGGCCAGGAGCGCCAAGGGCGCCUCCGCGCCGACCUCGCCGGCCGCGCAGCGCCCCGCCAGGGGCAACGGCGUGGCCGCCCGCCACCACAGCCCACCGCUCCCGCCCACCCAGGGCGAUCCCAAGCGCCCAAGGACCACGCCCCUGCGCGGCGACGACAUUGAAUCGACCGCCGGAAAUGGCGCGCAGGUGGCGCAGGACAAGGGGGCCAUAGAGGUGAAGCAGGAGGCCUGCGUCGUGGAGGUCAAGGAGGAGGUGCAGAAGGAGCGCAACCUGACGCCGGUCCAGGAGGUGGUGUCCGGGGAGGGGGGGCGGGCGUGCGGCAACGGCCGCCGGGAGAAAUCGCGGCCGCUAGAGCCGUGCGUGCGGCAGACGAGGAGCAAGGCCAGGAGGGUGAGCUCACCUGUGAGCGAGUGCCCGGGCGAGGCCAACGGGAUGGGCGACGGCAGCAUCGACAGCGGGCAGAGGGAGAACCGGGACGGGGCCAUGCGGGCGCCGGCGGCGGAGCACUUCGAUCGCGGGAGCUUCGGCGGAGGGCCGCUGUCCGCCCAGAAUGGAAUGGCGCCGGUCGCCGCGCCUGCGCCAAGCGACGCCGGGGAUUUCGGUCACAGGCUGGCGAGUCCGCAGUAG